AAAGCAGAAGAAGUCUCAGCUCCAUAUAGUUCCUGCAGCUGGGAGUCUGCAGCCUAGAAGAGCCAGACGCACUUGUAAGCCUCUCUCUCUCCUUUUUUGUUUUUGUUCCCCCUCCCGCACCCGAAAAAUGUCAUGAGGUGACUUUCACUUAACUACAAAUAUUUAGAUAUUUUUGUGGGCUGUUUUCUUCUUCCCCUUUGAGCAUGAGCCAAUAGCCACAUGCUGCCUCCUUUCACAGCAACGAGCUGCCUUAAGGGAGGAUCGUUACAGAGGGUUUCUUAAACGACCAAAGAAAAUGCAAAUAGUCUGUGUGCUCUUAGCAUACGCUCUGGUUUAACCAGCUUGGUACCGAAGCCAGCCCCAGACAGAUCUGUGAAGAAAAUACUGAACUUAAGACUUCCCCAAAAUCUUUCACUUACUUCUAAGGGUGAAAACAGUGAGCAGAUCCGGUGUGUCAAGUUGGAGACUUAAAAAAUUGUAGGUUUCAAGGUGACACCUCUCAGGCAGAGCCUAUGGAUACCACAGGAAAUAUGACCGCAUUGCCUGGCGGCAACUUGACAUGCCUUUUGACCAUUGACGACUUCCGCAAUAAAGUGUACUCCACAUUGUACUCCAUGAUUGCGAUUCUGGGCUUUGUUGGAAACGGCUUUGUACUGUGUGUCCUCAUAAAAACGUACCAGCAGAAGACAGCCUUCCAGAUCUACAUGCUGAAUCUUGCAGUGUCAGACCUCCUCUGUGUAUGCACCCUGCCUCUUCGAGUAGUGUAUUACGUUCACAGAGGCAACUGGUUCUUUGGUGACUUCUUAUGCAGAGUUAGUUCCUAUGCAUUCUAUGUCAACCUGUACUGUAGCAUUUUAUUCAUGACAGCCAUGAGCUUCUCUCGCUGCAUAGCCAUAGUUUUCCCCGUCCAGAAUCUCAAUUUGGUAACUGAGAAAAAGUCCAAACUGGCAUGUAUGAGCAUUUGGAUUUUUGUCACACUGACAAGUUCUCCAUUUUUACUGAGUGGGUCUUACCAAGAAGGUAACAAGACAAAGUGCUUUGAACCUCCAAAAAGCAGUCAGAUGACCAGCCUGCUGGUCCUACAUUAUAUUUCGCUGUUUGUAGGCUUCAUUAUCCCCUUUAGUGUCAUAACUAUCUGUUAUGCCAUGAUCAUAAAGACCUUACUGAAGAAUUCACUGAAGAAGAAUCAGUCUACUCGUAAGAAGGCCAUCUGGAUGAUAAUCAUUGUAACAGCUGCCUUCCUGGUCAGCUUCACACCUUACCAUAUUCAGCGCACAAUCCACCUUCACUUCCUGAAGAGGAAAGACUCCAGCUGUGAAGACAUCCUUUUCAUGCAGAAAUUAGUAGUGAUAACCCUAUCCUUGGCAGCUUCAAACUGCUGCUUUGACCCACUCCUGUAUUUCUUUUCAGGGGGCAACUUUCGGAGGAGACUUUCCACAUUUAGAAAGGCUUCCUCCUCCAGUGUGAUACAGGGACCCAGGAAAAAGUUAUCAUUAAAGGAGAAAGACGACGAGCCAUUUCAAGAAAGCCAUAAAUAAGCUGGAUGUGCAGUGUAGCUGCGCUUCCUUUGUAAGGCUUUUUAUGUGGCACUGCAGUAGAAAUAAGCUCACAGUGGGACACCAGUGAUUGCAGAACUGUUUCAGGAGAACUGAACAAAACAAAUGCAUCUUCAUCAAAGUUAAAUAGAGACAAAAAUCCAAAGGGACCUGCUUCUACUCAAACCUUUCUGACCAGACACCCCUCUGCCUGCCAUUGAGGGGUUUAUUUGAUCGUGCUGUGGAGCAUUCUGAGGAUAAUUUUAAAUUCCAAGAGACUCAAAGCAAAAAGGACUGAAAUGUGAAUGGCUAUUCUGAAAACGUGCUCAGAGGCAUGUACAGUUCCCGCCCCCGCCCCCCCUUCCCCCGACUUAAGAAGUUACAGCAGAGCAGCAGGAAAACAUUUGCGUGCUGGUAAAUUCAUGCAGACAAACUCUUCAGAUCCUACAUAAGGUCAUGAGGCAACUCUACAAAGGCCAUUAGUCACUGAGCCAGUGGGAAAUGUAAAUAUUUGCCAUGAUAGAAGUUGAUGGAGCUUAUGCAAAGGGGGAGGGGGAAGAGAGGAGGAGAGUACACACUGAAUCCCAAAACAGACACUGAUUUCACAGGAAAAUAUCUUCCCUAUUCCCAGUUAUUUAUUGCCUGGGCUUUUAACUUUCAUCUUCUGGUGUAAUUUAGAGCAGACUAAGGACUGUUCUAACUUGUACUAGCUACUAAACACCCCAAGGAACUGAUCCUGCAGCCUGGGAUUAGGGAAGCCCUAGCCAUGAAGGGGAUGGCAUAGGAGCUACUACACUGGCUCUGCAUCACCAGAUGAUCACCGUACACAGAAGUAAUCCUCAUGUGACCAUUAAAGCUAGCUUUAUGUCCACUAUACACUGGCAGUGCAGCACAAAGAGCCACACCACACUAGAGGAUCUGAGCCUAUACCUUCCCACAUAGGAACUGUAUUUGUCCCUCCCUCCGCCCCCAUACAUUUCCUGUAAUUUGAGUUCCCAUUUCCAAAUAUAUUGCAACACACUAGUUCAGUUCACAGCUACAAGAUCUUUGAAGGGCUUUCUGUCUGUCUGAAUUUUACAAGUAAAUCCUGAGAUAUAGUUCUGGUAUGUGCCUCCCAAACAAACACUUUGGCCCCAGUCCUGCACUAAUUGAACCCUAAAAACAUGAGUAGUCUCCUUGCCGUCAGUGGCUGCUUACAUACAAAAUGGGAAAAGACUGCCUAAGAAGGAGUAUGGCAGAAAGGGAUCUAGGGGUCAUAGUGGAUCACAGGCUAAAUAUGGGUCAACAGUGUAGUUGCAAAAAUAGCAAACCUCAUUC